UUCUCUUCAAUGAAAUAUUGUACAUUUUUGUUUAUAAAUCCUAACAAGAAGCAUAACUUGGUUUGAUAACAUUAAAAAUCAAUGGAGAUUCAAGGAAACUACCAUGCCCCUUUUUACUACUUCUUGUUCUUCAUCUUCUUGCAAUCCAGUAUUUGUUUAUCAAACAAUGUGAGUGACAAUCUUGCUCUGUUAUCCUUCAAGUCUCUGAUAUCUGAUUCCCAUGGGGAAUUAGACUCAUGGAACAACACUCUUCAUCACUGCAAAUGGAGAGGAGUAACAUGCAACAAUCCAGGAAGAGUCAUAGCCUUGGAGUUAGAUAAUCUCAACCUCACUGGCUCCAUAUCUCCUCACUUAGCCAACCUCACCUUUCUUACAACACUCAACCUCUCUGCUAAUAAUUUCAAUGGAUUCAUCCCUCAAGAACUUGGCAGGCUUGCUAAGUUGCAAUACUUUACUUUGAGCUACAACUCCCUCAGUGGUGACAUCCCUGUGAGUCUUAGCAACUGCUCUAACCUUCUCUCUAUCAGUCUAGGCAACAACAUGCUCACAGGUGCACUCAAACCAGAGCUUGGAGUUCUCUCAAAACUUCAAGUUCUUAGUCUCAGUGAGAACAAUCUCUCUGGUAGCAUCCCUUCAGAGUUGGGAAAUCUUUCAUCUCUCAAUGGUUUAUAUCUUUUCAAUGAUGGUUUGGAAGGAAGGAUUCCUCAAGAGAUGGGGAAGCUUACAAACUUGAAGAUAUUUCAGGUGGGAACCAACAGGCUAUCAGGUGAGAUUCCUCCCUCUGUUUAUAACAUAUCAUCAAUCCAGUUCUUCACUGCAGGAUAUAAUCAACUGGUUGGAAGUCUUCCACCAAGCAUGUUUCAAACUCUUCCAAAUCUCCAAAUGCUUCUUCUGGACGAUAACAGACUCCAUGGCAGGAUACCAGCUUCACUUUCCAAUGCAACUGAGCUGGUAGAACUUGAUCUUAAAAAUAAUAACUUCUCUAGUAUAGUACCAUCAGAGUUGGGAUUCCUUCAGAACCUGUAUUGGAUAAAUCUUGGACUGAAUCAACUUGAAGCUAGUAGUGCAGAAGAUUGGAAGUUCUUCACUUCUUUGACAAAUUGCAGCCUUUUGAGUACAGUAGGAUUGGAAAGCAACAGGUUCAGUGGUGAAUUACCUCAAUCCAUAGCAAACCUGUCUGCAAGACUGGAUGGGAUUUCAAUCGGAAAUAAUCAGGUAUCUGGUAGCAUACCUGAAGGAAUCGAUAAACUUGUCAAUCUUACCGUAUUUUUAAUGCACAAUAACAGAUUGAGUGGUAGUAUUCCAUCAUCUAUCGGGAAGCUUAAGAAGCUGCAUGUCUUAAAUCUUUCUGGAAAUAAGUUUAAAGGUUCAAUUCCAGAUUCAAUUGGCAACCUGACUCAAUUGAUUAUGUUGUAUUCAGAAGCAAGUGGUUUAAGUGGAAGUAUUCCUGCAAGUAUUGGUAACUGUCAAGGCUUGUUGGAAUUGGACCUUUCUUACAAUGAUCUUAGUGGUGAAAUUCCUAAAGAGCUACUCAGCAUCUCUGCUCUUUCUACAUAUGUUUAUUUAUCAAAUAACAAGUUGAGUGGUUCCUUGCCUGCAGAAGUGAGCAACUUAAAAAAUCUUGGUGUGUUUGAUGUGUCAGAGAACAGAAUUACAGGCCAGAUUCCAAGUGCUAUUGGUGAUUGUCAGAGCUUGGAACAAUUAUUUUUGCAAGGAAACUUGUUUCAAGGUGAAAUUCCUGAGUCACUUAGCAGAUUGCAUGGCCUAAAAUUAUUAGAUCUUUCGAAGAACAAUCUGUCCGGUCACAUUCCAGAGCAGCUAGGAAGUUUGCGUGCAUUGCUUUAUUUGAAUCUGUCAUACAACAAUCUUGAGGGAGAAGUGCCAACAAUUGGAGUCUUUGCCAACACAAGUGCAGUUUCACUGACUGGAAAUUACAGACUUUGUGGUGGUGACCCAAAAUUGAAUUUGACUGCUUGUGAUACUCAGUCCAACAGAAAAAAACAUUUGUCUCUGACACUGAAGAUAAUCAUCCCUGUAGUCAGUGCAAUUGCAUGCCUAGCAUUACUGAUCUUUGUCUUUGUUGCUCUUCAUUGGAGGAAGAAGUCUAAGUGGAGGUCUACAUCUACUUCAGAAUUUGGCAUCGAGGAUCAGUUCAUGAGGGUCUCUUACAGUGAACUAUUUGAAGGUACUAAUGGCUUUUCGGCAUCUAAUCUCAUUGGAGUGGGUGGAUUUGGUUCUGUUUACCAAGGGACAAUCAGUUCUGAAGAAAGAAUGGUUGCCGUGAAAGUGCUAGACCUUCAAAUACAAGGGGCAUCAAAGAGUUUCAUGGCCGAAUGUGAAGCCUUGAGAAACAUUCGUCAUAGAAAUCUUCUCAAGAUCAUUACUGCAUGCUCAAGUGUAGAUAAUGAAGGGAAUGAUUUCAAAGCUCUAGUUCUCGAGUUCAUGCCGAACGGGAGCCUUGAGAAAUGGUUGCAUCCUAUGCAAUUUGACAGAACUCCUUCUAAGACUAUGAACCUCAUAGAAAGAUUGAACAUAGCUAUUGAUGUUGCUUCGGCAUUGGAUUAUCUUCAUCACUAUGGCCAUAAGCCCAUCAUACAUUGUGAUUUGAAGCCGAGUAAUGUUCUUCUCGACAAUGAUAUGUGUGCUCAUGUCGCUGACUUCGGGCUAGCAAAGUUUCUUUCUGAAAUGGUGCCUCAAUCUUUUGAAUGUUCAACUAGCUCUUUUGAUAUUAAAGGAUCCAUUGGAUACAUUGCACCAGAGUAUGGAAGUGGUGGUCAGGUCUCUACUUUUGGAGAUGUUUACAGUUAUGGAAUCCUUUUGCUAGAGAUGUUCACCGGUAAAAGGCCAACUGAUGGUAACUUCAAAGAAGGUAUAGGACUUCAUAUGUUUGUCAGCAUGGCAUUUCCUGAUAGAUUGCUCGAUGUGGUGGACCCUUUUCUCCUAUAUAAGCGUAGUGAUGAAGAAGCUAAAGAGAUCAGUGUGGAAGAACAGAAUUGUUUGGUUUCAGUAUUCAGGGUAGGACUUUCUUGCUCAAAAGAAAGUCCGAAAGAGAGAAUGGAGAUGGGAGAUGUCACUAAGGAGUUGCAUGCAAUAAAAGAUUCGCUUUUGAGAUUUGAGACUGAUGAGAGAUUUGAAGAAAAAUAAAGUUUGAUUUCUGCAACAGAUAUGCAUCACACAUAUAGAGAGAUUUCUAUAUCAGCAAUGUAUUGUUUAUAUUAUUGUGAUGUUCUAUAUAAAAGCAA